ACAAAUUAGUGAAAUUAUUAGUAGUCUAGGUGAGUUGGAUUUGGGAACAGUGGCCUGGCUUUUCUCUAGAUCACCCUCCAACAAUGCGCCAGGCUGCUCAUUACGCAAAACGCACAGCAACGCCAACACGCACCGUGCAGGGGGUUAAUUAGGCUAAGAUACAUUUAUUUGUUCGUGUUUUAACAGGAUGGUUACCCUAACAACUAUCGACAAACUAAUAUCUCGAUUGGGACUGGUAUGCCGAAAACUUAGUGAGUGCAGACCAAACAUCUGUGUCCGAAAAGCACCCCAUUCUACUCCAAAGACCCCGGCUGUGUCGGAUGGAGAGUUGAACAUGUCCAGGUUGUCUGGUGGCUGCAGCAGUCACAGCCUCGGGGGCUCGACCAGUGGGGUGCAGAGCAGCGAGGGCCCGGCCAGCAGGGUAGUGAGCUGGGCUGUGGGCUUUGACAAGCUCCUGGAGGAUUCAACAGGCGUCGAGUACUUCACAGCUUUCCUGAAAUCCGAGGUGAGUGCGGAGAACAUCCUCUUUUGGCAAGCCUGCGAGAAGUACCGGAAGAUUCCAGCGAGCCAGGUGGAUGAGCUGAAGAAGGAAGCCCGUUUGAUCUACGACACCCAUCUCUCUGACUGUUCCUUUCAUGCCGUCAACAUCGAUGACAGGGCCCGCGUGGACGCCAGUGCCCUCGAUCGGCCCACGACGGACAUGUUUCAGAAAGCCCAAGACCAGAUCUAUAAGCUGAUGAAGCUGGAUAGCUAUGCCCGGUUCGUCCGCUCCCCUCUCUACCAGAGUUGCAUGCUGGCUAGCGUGGAGGGAAAGGGGCUGCCCACCCUCAACAGCAAGGGCUCCAGGGAGUGCGUCACGCCGACCAGCAACCGAAAGAAGGACUGGGAGGCCAGGCUGAGUGCUUCAGAGAGUAAGGCUAACCGCAAGAAGAGACUGGAGAAAAGGGGGUCAUGGGGAGCAGAUGUGUCCUUCCAGAGAGUCGCCAUAACCCGCAAUGAGUCCACGAUUUCAGUCAAGUCCACCAGUAGUGUAGAGUUGGGCUACCUGCACAACAAAUCAGAGCAGAACGGACGGGCCAGUUUAUGGGAUGCGGACCUGAUUGCGGGCGGUGGCUCGGGCUCCAUUUCGGGGAAAGGGGAACGCUACUGCUACGUGCACCUGCCGGAUGGCACAGGUAGCCUGGUGCCCACCAAACCUGGCUGCCCACUGAGGGACAUGCUGGCCGGCCUGUGUGAUAAACGGGGCUUUCCUCUCAAAGACGUCAUCGUCUACCUCCACGGCAACGACAAGCAACCGCUGUCACUGGAGCAGGACAGCUCGGUGCUGAGUGAUCAGCAGGUGUCUCUGGAAAUCCGGGUGACGCUUGCGGUGGAGGUGAAGUUCGCUGGUAAAACCGUGGCCAUUAUAGUGAAGUCCAGCAAAACCCUACGCGAUGCCCUUGCCAACCUCCUACAGAAGCACAAUCUCCAGCCCCAGGAUGCCAUCAUCACCAUGAGUGGAUCACAGCAACCACUGAAAAUGAGCAGCACUGUCUUCCGACUGGCCAACAAGACGAUAUGCCUUGAUCGCAUCGAAGGGAAUACAGAGAGUCUGAGGAGUCCACCAGAAGCCAUCGAGAAAACCUCGCCAAGACCUAGGAGAGCCCAUGAAAUGGAUGGUCUGCUGGACCUGCUGUCCAGGGCCCAGAGCUGCCGUGUGGAGGACCAGAGAGGCCUGCUGAGGAAGGAACAUCUGGUGGUGCCACAGUUCCUUCAGCUGCCUGAGGAGGCCGAGAGCACCGGAGAUCCAGAGGGCAGCAGCCUAACGCAGAGCUCCACGGAGGGAGCAAGGGUGGGGGAUGGAGCCAAGGCCCAAAGCUCCAACUCUGUGACGGACGGUACUAAUUGCUCAAAGCCAAAAGCGUCAGGAUCAUGACCAAUUCCAACAAUGCCCUAAAGACAUGAACUGUACAGUGUGUGUGUGUGUGUGUGUGUGCACAAGAACAUUAUUUGAGGUGGAGAAUGAAAAGGAGUAUCCACACGUUGGGAGAUGAAAUGUGGGAGAGGCUUGCCAGUAUGUCAAAUGCUGCGAUGGAUUUGCACUGUGACUUCCCAGCGCUAACUUUUACACAUUCCAUGAAUUGAAUUCACACACAAACCUUUACGUUGCUGGACUGGGCAGACAGAAGGGGUUAAAGGAUCUUCAACAAUUCAUAUUUAUUGCUAUUUCCAUAUGCUGUACAGUCUCAUUCUGGCUCACUGUAUUUAUUUCUUCACUGAAUGUGGAAAAAUUGCUUAUUUUGAAUGUAAUUCUUGUAUGUGCCAACAUCUCUUGAACUUUCUGCCAAAUGAACUUGUAAAGCCAGUAGUAUUGAGGUGGCCCCCAUUAUUGUUUUGUCAUGUACAGUAAGCCUUGUGGAUAGGUAUGUAUUAUGUAGCAUAGUCCUUGAUGUGGUCAAGUAGUGUACAGAUGCCUUAUCUGAAGAGAUGGCUGAGAGAUCAUUAAAUUGUUUGUUUGUUUGUUUACUUGUUUGCUUGAAGAAGGAUCAUUUUGUAGUGUGGAAAUUCGUGUUUUGAAAAAAAAAUAUCUGGAAAGCUGAAUUUGGUGAUGUGGGCCCUGUUGUUGGGUUUUAAUGUGUGCUGUGAGUUUUCACUGUUGUCACUCCAUGUUUGAAAAAUGAAAUACCUUAGUACCUUAAUACAUUAAUAAUGUCUCUACAUACAUCUACCUCUGGAGAGGUUGUACACUUACUGCCCCCUAAAGAACAGAACAUGCUACAGUACUUAUGUGAGGAAUAAAAAUGCACAUUGUCUUCUUA